GAAAAGAGAGAAAGAAUGGCAAGAACCAAGCAAACCGCUCGCAAGUCUACUGGAGGCAAAGCCCCCAGGAAGCAGCUGGCCACUAAGGCCGCUCGUAAGAGCGCCCCGGCCACCGGAGGUGUCAAGAAGCCUCAUCGUUACAGGCCCGGUACCGUGGCUCUGCGCGAGAUCCGCCGUUACCAGAAAUCCACCGAGCUGCUGAUCCGCAAGCUGCCCUUCCAGCGCCUGGUCCGCGAGAUCGCCCAGGACUUCAAGACCGACCUGCGCUUCCAGAGCUCUGCCGUCAUGGCUCUGCAGGAGGCCAGCGAGGCUUACCUGGUCGGACUCUUCGAGGACACCAACCUGUGCGCCAUCCACGCAAUGAGUGGAAGAGGAAAGGGGGGCAAAGGACUCGGAAAAGGAGGCGCCAAGCGUCACCGUAAGGUGCUCCGUGAUAACAUCCAGGGCAUCACUAAGCCAGCUAUCCGCCGUCUGGCUCGUCGCGGUGGUGUCAAGCGUAUUUCUGGUCUGAUCUACGAGGAGACCCGUGGUGUGUUGAAGGUGUUUCUGGAGAACGUCAUCCGCGACGCCGUCACCUACACUGAGCACGCCAAGAGGAAGACCGUGACCGCCAUGGAUGUGGUGUACGCUCUGAAGAGGCAGGGCCGCACUCUGUACGGCUUCGGCGGUUAAGUUUACAGUACUGAUCCAAGCAACAAAAGGUCCUUUUAAGGACCACCCA